AUGCUAAACGUAGAUGUAGUAGACGCUAUGGACGAGGUUAUGUAUCAACUUGGUUUGGACAUAGAAGAACUGGAAGAAAUGGAGUGUGAUGCAGGACUUGGCAACGGUGGUCUUGGUCGAUUGGCUGCCUGCUUUCUUGACUCGAUGGCUACAAUUGGUCUAGCAGCCUAUGGUUACGGAAUACGCUAUGAAAAUGGUGCUUUUCAUCAGAAGAUUAAAGAUGGAUGGCAGGUUGAGGAACCAGACGAAUGGUUACUCUACGGGAAUCCAUGGGAAAAAGAACGUCCUGAAAGUACUCGAACGGUUAAUUUUUAUGGUAAAAUUGUACGGAAUAACCUAGGUUAUUGUGAAUGGAUUGACACUGAAGCAGUAUGUGCGAUACCAUUUGAGGUUCCGAUACCUGGAUACCAUACUAACACAUGCAAUACACUCAGACUAUGGGCAGCUAAAGGAAAAAAGUACUUUGAUAAAAAAAUCCAAAAUAGCAAUGACUACAUAAACGCUAUAUUUGAGCGUAACCAAGCUGAACAUAUUUCUCGUGUUCUUUAUCCUAUUGAUCAUGCAUUUGAAGGUAAAGAAUUACAAUUAAAACAAGAGUACUUCUUGUUUCUGCUACCCUGCAGGACAUUUUGUGUCAGUUUAAGUUAG